GUCUCUGGGCCCAUAUGAUUCAAGGGAUUUUCGAUUGAGAAAUGGAAUGCUUAGUAAUCUUUAUGUGAGGAUUGCAGUUCAUAGGAUUUCUACCUAGGACUCCUUGCGCACUACAUCCAAUUUCGAUUGACCCGAAACACUCGGAAAGGGGUAUCCUUUCUCUUGUCUACGGCGCAAAUCGAAUCAAACGAACUCCCCCAGAUGUUGGGAAGAUCUCGCGUUUUUAUUUAUUGGUGAUGUAUCUCUCCAUAGACGAUUUGGUUCGCACGCGAGGUUAUUUUGGUUUCUUCGAUCGAAAAAAUGCCCCCCGUUCCUCAGUUGUCACACCUAAGAGGGGAUUCAGUGUGUCCCAGACCCUAGAAUUGGAUCGGCUUCGGCCUGUGCUGAUUUCAGAAUAUAGCACUCACCGGAUUUCAUGUUCCAUCGUCUCGUUAGCUCCUCAGUCUGUUUCUUGUACUAUGUGAUCAGCUCACUGGUCCUUGUCUGCAUUUUCACGCAUAGGUCAUGAAUGGAUUACGCCAAAUACUCUGCUGCAAUACUUUGUCAAAGUAUUGAUCUGUAUAGGUGAAUUCACAACACCAUUUUUUUCUUUUUCCGGGAGGAGGAUAAACCCCAGCCUCUGGUGAAUUCACAACUGAAAGAUUGAAUAUUGAUUGUUCGCAGCACAAACUGAAUGCCUUCUUCAUAGGACACUCUCAUGUGUAUCUUUUCUUUAUGGUCCAUUCAAUCCUUUUUUAAUUCUUAUACUUGAUGCAUUCUGGACCGUAGAGUUGAAUGGGGCUGUGCUGAUUUUGCCUUCGUUUUCAAUCGUGCAUGAUCUUGUUUCAUAUGUCAUUCAUGACGACAUGUUGACACUCUUGUGAUCAGAAUUCAGGCAUAUAGCAUAAGGAACUGUACGGUUUUAGUUUGUGUUACACUGGUCCACCCAUAUGGUCCAAAAUUCUUACUUCUCUGGCACUUCACCUCAUGCAUUUGAGCAGUUAAUUUCGGUCGCAAAGUAUCUUUGUUUAUCAAUUUGAUGCAUGCACCGCCAAGCUGUACUACAGUAGUGUCUUUUUUGGUUAAUCUUAUUCCAGGUGACAAAAUGGGCAAACCUGUUUAAUCUGAUCACCUUUUCAGAUUUACCAAUCUGAUCAGUGUCGUCCCAUAAAUGCCCUCUUAUUCUUAAUGUGUUCUAGUUCCCAGAGAAAUUUUCUUCCGGACCUCUGAAUGUUCACACUUAAGUUUGUUAGGCAUCCCCAUAACCGAUGUUUCUAAUUGUACUGAUGUAUACUCUUCUGGCGUUAGCUUGAUGUCUUGUUGUGACCGGAGAACGGAGGUUGAGGGGGGUUUGUUCAAUAAUAAACAAAUGGACUGGACUAGCGAUAACGAUGAUAGUGAUAAGUUUGAGUGGGAAAGUGAUGGUGAGGCUGAACCCUCAUCGGCUCCGGCCUUCAGGAACUUGGAUGCCGCUGGUCCUUCCACGCUGGAUUCUAAUGGGUGGGCCAACGAGGAAGCACCACCCACUUCGUUAGUCGAGGGAUAUGUGUUAAUGGGUUUCCCGAAAGAGAUGGUCUUGAAGGGAAUUAAGGAGAUUGGGCACAGUGAUGCAAAUGCGUUGCUGGAACUACUUCUCACAUACAAGACACUGGGUGAUGACGCUGCAGCGGGUAAUUGCUCUACUUCUGGCUGCUUCCCCCAGAGUGUUGAAGAUGAUGAUGAUUUUGAUUUUGAAAACUGGGAUGGAGACAAUGAUGCUGAUGGGAGAGAGCCCAACCCUGAUAGUUCUGGUGAUGAGGAUUUCCUAAGAGAGAUGUCAGAGAAGGACAACAAGAUCAAGUCCUUAGUAGACAUGGGCUUUCCUGAAGAUGAAGCAAAUAUGGCUAUUACCAGAUGUGGUGUGGAUGCCGCUCUCACUGUAUUAGCUGAUUCAGUCUAUGCAUCACAGGCUGCAGGAGAUUGUCAUUAUGGGAACUUGUCUGACUAUGAGGUUACUGGUAGCUGCUUUGAUUCUUUGGGAGGGAGAAAGAGAGCAAGAUUGAUGGAAGGGAGCAAGAAAAAGCGGAAGCGGUAUGGAGGUGCAGCACAAGGAAAUCGACGGCCCUUGGAUGGUAGCCAUGAAGAACCAAUGCCUCUCCCAAAUCCAAUGGUUGGAUUUAACCUGCCUAAUGAUAGGCUACGAUCAGUGACCAGACGGCUUCCUCAACAAGCUAUUGGGCCACCUUUCUUCUACUAUGAAAAUGUGGCACUAGCUCCAAAAGGUGUAUGGGCGACAAUUUCAAGAUUCCUGUAUGACAUUGAGCCAGAGUUUGUGGAUUCUAAGCACUUGUGUGCAGCUGCUAGAAAAAGAGGCUAUAUCCAUAAUUUGCCAAUUGAGAACAGAUUUCCUCUCCUGCCUCUCCCUCCAAAGACAAUAUUUGAGGCUUUUCCUCAUUACAAGAAGUGGUGGCCUUCUUGGGACCCGAGAAGGCAACUCAAUUGUUUGCAGACAAGCAUGUCAAGUGCGAAAUUGACAGAAAGAAUCCAAUGUGCUCUUGCAAGCUCAGGCAAUCCACCACCUAAAAGUGUUCAAAAGUAUGUCAUGGAUGAGUGCAGAAAAUGGAAUCUUGUCUGGGUUGGGAAGAACAAAGUUGCUCAUUUGGAACCGGAUGAGGUAGAAUACCUGCUUGGUUUUCCAAGGGACCACACAAGGGGAGUUGGCAAAACAGAGAGGUUCAAAUCUCUUGGCAAUUCGUUCCAAGUAGAUACCGUUGCUUAUCACCUGUCAGUGCUGAAGGACAUGUAUCCCAAUGGUGUUAAUGUGCUAUCUUUAUUCACUGGUAUUGGAGGAGGAGAGGUAGCACUGCACAGGCUUGGGAUCCACAUGAGGACUGUAGUUUCUGUUGAGAUAGGCGAAGUUAAUAGGAGGAUUUUGAGGGGUUGGUGGGAUCAGACUCAAACUGGCACAUUAAUUGAGAUUGCUGACGUGAAAUCUCUUACUGACGAUAGAAUUGCAACGUUUGUUAGAAGAUUUGGCGGCUUUGACUUGGUGAUUGGGGGCAGCCCAUGUAACAACCUUGCCGGCAGCAACAGGCACCACCGUGAUGGCUUGGAGGGCGAGCAAUCUGCUUUGUUCUACCACUACUUCAGAAUCGUGGAUGCUGUAAAGUCGGCUAUGGGGCGAAUGUAGCCUAAUCAUUUUAGUUAAUGUUUUAUCAUUUCAUGCUUAUCUCUAGGAUCCACAACUUCAUCUAUGUUAAACAUUGUGUUGAUGUGAAGGAUGUUUGUUUCUGAGAAACAUUGCAUUAGUCUUUAGCUA